AUGGUUAUGCUCAGGUUGGUUAGACCUGCUGUCAAGUAUGAUAUAGCCUCGUGUGGUAUAGUUUCUAGAGCUUCUAGUAUCCGAUGGCAAUCCACUGGUUUGAAACCAACUUCUGAUUCAACAUUCAAUCCAAAUUCGAUAUACGUUGUUUCAUUUCCAAUAACUACUCAUAAGUCGUAUAUCUAUUGUAAUCAUGAACCUUCGUUAUUGGCCCAAUCACAAUUAUCAACGUACCCAAUCUUAACCAAGGUGGAAACCAAGAUUACGGGAUUGGCCCUGAAAGCAUGGAAUAAAUUAAAACUGUCAGAACUUGAGAUUAAUAAGAAGAUUACUAAAUUAGUCUAUUCGUUAUUGAACACUGUUCCUUACGAUGAAAGCUGUUUAACCUCCUUCCCAUCCCAAAGCUCUAUGAUUAGAGAAAUUAAUAAAGAGGUUCUUUCGAAUAAUGAAAAAGUUAAUACCAUGGUGCAAUCGCAAAUUGACCAUUUAAAGAUUCCUCAGAACCAAUUAAAACCUAUUCCUCUAUACCAUCCGACUUUCCAGCAUUCAAAUUCUAUUAUCGACCAAUUGAAACUGUUUAAAGAUGACUCAUAUGCAAAACAUAUGAAAUACGCGAUUUUAUGUGGUAUUGGGGUACCAAUUAGUUUACCUUUGGCAAUAAUCCCUUUGGUUCCAAACGUUCCUGGUUUAUACUUGGCUUAUAGGCUCUACUGUAACGUCAAACUGUUGAUGGGUGCAAAACAUUUGGAUUAUCUUCUACAAGAUGAUCAGCAUCUUCUAUUCAAGCCCCAGGGCAAAAUCGACGCCAUCUAUCGUCUAGAUAACUUUGCCAAUGAGUUACUCGACCAAAGCGAAGUUUCAAAGAACUUCGAUGAAGAAAAAGUCCUCAUCACCGAAGAUAUCAUUGAAGGUUUGGUCAGCCAUUUCCAUCUUCAUCACUUGAAAUCAGAGUUGAUUAAAGCAAUGAAUCAGGAAUCAAAACGUAUCAACCAAAACUUGAAAGUAAACGAUAUCGUCGAGUGA